AUGUCAAUGGAAUUAUUGCCGUUAUCACAGGUGGAGGCAGCGGUGAGUCUAACCUUACAUGAAAAGGAGCACGACACUCCAAGCUUUCCAAUUCCACCACUCGUCGCCACUGUAUUUUUGUCCAACACUGUAUUCUUGUCCACUUUACUGAAAAUUCAGCUAAGAUCGUACGCAGGCCUUGGGCUUUCCAUGGCUCAAGCACUAGCCGAGAAUGGCGCUAAAAGAGUCUAUAUUCUUGGGCGGCGCAAGCAGAUCUUGGACGAGGCAGUUAACAAGAUCGGUCUGGACUGCGUCGUUCCGAUAAUAUGUGAUGUAACGGAUAGACAAAGCUUGCGAUUGGCGGUAGCACUCAUCGGGAGUGACGUGGGAUAUAUAAAUUUACUGGUGGCCAAUUCUGGUAUUGCAGGCCCUUCCGGCAACGUUACCCAAGGAUCGAGCAUUGCCGGAUUACAGGAGACCUUACUCACCAUUCCGAUGGAGGAUUUUACUAACACAUACCACGUUAACUGUACCGCGGUCUUUUACACGGCCAUUACAUUCCUCGGGCUUUUAGAUGAAGGAAAUAAGCGAUCGGCAUAUCAAGGAGGGAGGAGCCAAGUCAUUGCCACAAGCAGCAUUGGAAGCUUUAACAGAAAGAUCACCGCAGGCUUUGCGUAUGGCACCAGCAAGGCUGCCACGACUAUGUUGAUGAAGAUUUUGGCCACAUAUUUGGUACCAUAUAGGAUCAGAGCAAAUGUGUUAUGUCCCGGUUUAUUCCCGACGCAUCUCACUGCUACUCUGAUUAAAGAACAAAAUCCCGCAACCGAGGCCGCAUUCCCAGUCGAGGAGAUCCCGGCCGAGCGCGCAGGCCAACCAGAGGACAUCAUGGCGGCUCUUCUUUACCUGGCUUCGCGGGCAGGAGCUUAUUGCAAUGGCAGCUGUCUGAUAGUAGAUGGUGGCCGUCUGAGUGUCACACCAGCCACGUACUAG